GCUGGUCUCACAACUUAUGAUUUUGUCUAAGAUUGCAUUGGAUUGCGUCAAACAGGGAUUUCCAGCAGUUGUUUGAACAGCUAAAAGGCUGAGUUUGCCAACUAGCUCCGAUUUCUAUGGAUAAAGGUCUUGCUAAUGAAGAGACUGUUAACUUGCGAAACGGAGUCGAAUUGGCCACAUCAGUCUCUGAUAAACAUGUUAAUCUUUUGAGGCCAAGUGUACCAAGUUUUCCAAUUUUUAGAGCUCAAGCGCCAGAUGACACAGAGCAAGAAAAGGGAAAAUAUUAUUUGAUUAGAGAUCCGGAGGACUUGCAAAUUGGACUUUAUGACAAACCCCUUCCAUGUUUUGGCUGCGGAAUUGGAUGGUUCUCAUUCCUUUUUGGAUUUGUAUGUCCACCUCUGUGGUACUUUGCAACAAUUCUCUAUUUCGGAAAUUACUAUCGAAAGGAUCCUAGGGAAAGGGCUGGUCUUGGAGCCUCCGCAAUUACAGCAUUAUUGUGCACCGUAGCAUUGCUAAUCAUAGCAGCUAUUCUUCUGUUGCGGUCCCUUUAAUUCUUGGGCUGAAAUUGAGAAGCAAACCAAGAAGUGGCAUCACAAAAAAUUCCACUUGUAUAUAUGAGUUUCCAAAAAUGUGAAAUGAAAAUCACAUCCUUAUUAUUAAUCACAUUUAUGUAUUAAAUAUCAAAGCAUGUACAUCAGAAAUCACACGGUAACAGGGUGCAUUUGAAAGCUAAAUACCAGGACAGGAAUGUUCGGAGUCAAAUUCUGAAAUGUAUCACACAUUAUUAAUCACAAUUCUCUCUUAUUCCUUUUGGACCA